ACAUAACCUAAAAUAUUUUUAAACAAUAAGGAUGUAUACGUCAAGAGACGAGAGUAACAUGGGAGUAUAAUCCCGAGAGAAGACUAAAAAUUAUGUUUUACGCCAAACGUAGUAUAAGUAAUCUCUCCUACCCAUGGUGUAAAUUGAAAGUAUAAAAAAUACAAAUUUCUUAUUACCGUCGAUAAUAAUUUAUAAGUAACUUCAUAGAGCAAUGAUGAAUAACCAAAUUGUUUACUUUGGUUUGGCUGGUGCUUUGAGAUUAUUGUUAAUGAACUCGGAUUAUCAAAGUGUUAUUGCUGAUCGAGUUGAAGUAUCAACAGCAUUGAAUUCUUGGAAAAGAAUUACAGAGGGUGUCUAUCUUCACAAUAUUGGAGUGGAUCCGUACAGUGGUGAUUUGCUCCAUGAAACACCAUUAGGCCUAGUCACUUUUGAUUUUAUUCAAAAGUAUUUUCCUACCUAUAUGAUAUGGUUAUUAUUUGUUAUAACUGAUCUUGUGACAGCUCUGUUACUUGGCAUAACUGCUACGUAUUACAUUAAGGAAUCGAUUGAUCGUGACAAAGAGGAAGAAGCUAAGCGUGAUACUAAAGCCAAAACUGAUCCAGAUAAUAAUUUUUCAUUAAUUACUUCUCCUAGUAAAACAUCAGUUUUCUAUGUCUCAGCAGCUUAUUUGUUCAAUCCUUACAUCGUUUUGAACUGUGUAGGACUUACGACUACAGUAUUUACCAACUUUCUAAUUGCAGUCACAUUACUUGCCAUCAUAAAACGCUCCGUUAUACCUUUUUGUUUAACAAUUGCAUUGUUGACUUUGCAAGGCCUUUAUCCUGUAUGUUUGAUUGUCCCUGCUAUAAUUUACAUAAUCAAAGAGUCUCACAUAGAUGAGGUAGCUGGAAAAGUAGCAAGAAUUCUGAUGACAUUUUUUGCUAUGUUAGCAGCUUUAUUUAUCUUGUCUUUCUAUAUUAUGGGGAGUUGGUCGUUUCUUAAAAGUACCAUUGGUUUUAUUUUGUUGGUGCCUGAUUUGCGUCCUAAUAUUGGACUGUAUUGGUACUUUUUUACAGAAAUGUUUGAACAUUUCAGAUCACUUUUUAUUGCUUCAUUCCAAAUAAAUGUAAGUUUGUUAUUCAUAGUUCCCUUAGCAUUGAGGCUACGCAAAGAUCCAAUGCUUUUGGCAUUUUCUUACUUGGCUAUUGAUGCUAUUUUUAAAUCUUAUCCAUGCAUUGGAGAUGUUGGAUUUUAUCUCAGUUUACUGCCACUCUGGCGCCAUUUAUUCAGGCAUAUGCAACAAGGCUUCAUCGUCGGCUGCUUUGUUUUAUUUUGUACAGUUUUCGCGCCAACUGUAUGGCAUCAAUGGAUAUACUCAAGAUCAGCGAAUGCGAAUUUCUACUUUGGUGUAACGUUAGCCUUUGCUAUAGCGCAAAUAUUUUUGUUAACAGACAUUCUUUUUGCUAAUGUCAAGCGCGAAUUCGCCCUUCGGCAUGGACUGACAAACGAAGUAAAUGGUAACAAAGCCAAAUUACUACUGGAGUGAAUUGUCUUGUCAAUUUAUAGAUAUAAUAUGCUAACCGAUUUUCGAAUAUUCUACCAGAAAUAAAAGAUUUUUAUACAAAAUUCAUCAUUUUA